GCCGUGUCGUCAUCAACUGGGCCACCGGUGUCGCCGUACUUUGUUGUCGGCGAAGAAAACACUUUUGUAUUUAUUGCUAAUAAUAUAUCGGUGAAAAUGGUUCGCAAGUUAAAGUUUCACGAGCAGAAGCUCCUGAAGAAGGUGGAUUUCAUUAACUGGGAGGUGGACAACAACCUGCAUGAGGUUAAAGUGUUGCGGAGAUACCACAUCGAAAAGCGAGAGGACUACACCAAAUACAACAAACUGAGCCGAAACAUUAGGGAACUGGCGCAGAAGAUUCGGGACCUGGACGAAAAAGACGGCUUCCGAGCCCACACCACCGCCCUGCUGUUGGAGAAACUGCACAGCGUGGGUCUCAUCCCCACCAAACAGAACUUGGCGCUCACAGAGAAGGUCACUGCUUCGUCCUUCUGCAGGAGGCGUCUGCCCACCAUCAUGUUGAGUCUGCGAAUGGCUCAGAACCUAAAGAUGGCGAUCACCUUCAUCGAGCAGGGUCAUGUACGUGUGGGCCCAGAGAUCGUCACAGACCCAGCGUUCCUGGUCACCAGGAAUAUGGAAGAUUUUGUGACCUGGGUAGACUCAUCCAAGAUCAAACAGCAUGUCAUGAACUACAAUGAAGAGAGGGAUGACUUUGACCUCGUUGUGUAGACCUGUGAGGACACCUGCAGUUCUACCCACACACCAUGUCAACAAGGAGAGAGAGUGUGUGUGUGUGUGUGUAUGUGUGUGUGUGUGUGUGUGUGUG